GUAAAUUCACGCCGAUUGUUGAAGAUGACGUCACUGAUGACGAAGUUCCGGCCGAUCUGUUGAGGCAAGCUCAGUACGGGUCACCACUCAUUCAACGCUGGGGCGUAGAUGCUCGUAUUAUCCCAGAGACCAUUGUAUUGGCAGACGACCGACUCCAAGUUUCCCCCUGCAAGUCUCCACCUUACUGUUGGGUAUGCUACCUGGAGAUGACCGCUCAAAAUGGGGAGGUCUACAUGGGAACUGGUGCAUUUUCCAAUGUAGGGAACACCCCCGGUGUAAUCCUCACUUGCGCCCACAAUAUUUACCACCACUCACGUCGGGGCUACAUCGAUCACGUGGACGUCUAUCCAGCACGUGACGGAUCUUCGGCACCUUUCGGGCAUUUCCGCGUGUAUUCAACUCAUCUUCGGGUACCAGACCUGUACAAGAAACGAAAAGCUGCAACCUACGAUUAUGGCCUCAUCUUGAUUCCUAAAAAAGAAUUCAGCAUCUCUACUAAGCCGUUUGGUUUUGGGUAUAAUCUUUUGGCAUCGUCUGCGUUGAAAGGGAGAUUGGCAGAAAUAUGCGGAUACCCGGGAGACAAACCGAAUGGCACUAUGUGGAUCGCAGGCAGCCCACUGAAGUACGCCUCCCGUUCACGCCUGUAUUACGAAGCCGACACAGCAGCCGGGCAGAGCGGCUCUCCCGUGUGGACCUGGGACAACUUUAACUGGAUGAUGGUCGGGAUUCACGGAAAGGGGGUGAUUCCAGGUGGCACUCUGAACAGCGCACGCAGACUGACACCAGAAGUAAUCCAGGAGAUCCAUGAUUGGAUAAAAGAGAUCAAGGAUAAGGAGGAGGAGGAUCACGUGGUUUAACACAGCACGUGGGGCAUUAAAAGUAACAUUUACUCCCCACAGCUUGCAGGUGUCAAGAUUAAUAGAGAAACGAAUGGAAAUGGUCUUUAAAUAUAGAAUGCUGACCUUUAGCGUGGGAUUUUAAUUUAUAUAUCAAUUAAAGAUACAUUUGUUGGAAUCGUUCCUUACUGUGUUAUAAAUUUUUAGUGAGCAAAGGCAGGGUAUUGAUAGUGGAGCAUGGCCCUUCGGCAAAUGCUUGGUAGUUUGACCUAUUAUGCAGUUACCAAACUGAACUAGCAUUGAGUAGAGUAAUGCGUGAUAGUGUGAUGUCAAUGUUGAACUUAUUCUAUUUCAAUGAUUUCAAGAUGUUUGUCAUAUUGCAUAUUGUCUGUAAAUUUGUUACUUUCCACCACUGCAAAUAUAACACAAGGAUUUGUAGUAUGAA